AGCAGUCCAGUAGAGAGGGUGUGACUCUCUGUUUCUCCCAUUUAUUGGAUCGUACCAUAGUUUCAUUUCUGAGGAAACCUACAUGAAGUGAAUAAAUACCAGUCCAGCUCGAGGCUGAUCACAACAGAGGAUAAACACAGCAGAGAGAAGAGAAGAGAAAAAACAUGGACCCUGUGACAGGUGCAGCAGUUGGAGCAGUGACGAAGGAUAAGGCCCCAAGUGUUCUGGGGACCGCAGGUUUCACCUCAGAUGGAAUUGCAGCAGGCUCUGUGGCUGCUAAAAUGAUGUCAGCUUCUGCAGUGGCUAGCGGAGGUGGAGUGCCAGCAGGAAGUAUGGUUUCUGCUUUUCAAUCAAAAGGUGCGUCGGAGGACACAAGGAAAGCUGACAAGUGAUUAAGAAGCUCGUGUUGGGUGGCAAGCCUCUUUUUCUGAACAAUCAACUGGUUAUCCUGUUAAUCUAAUGAAACAUGUGAUGAAGCAACAUGUUUAUGUUCUGAAAUGUUUGGGAAGUUGUCUUGUUUGCAUUUUCCUGACAUGAUGUUACAUUAAAAGCCACCUGCUUAAAACACA